GAUAAACCAAAAAAUCACUAAUGUUUUUAAUUUGUGUGCAAAAACACAUCAAACAGAAUGAAUAUUUAAUUAACAAUAAAUGCUUGAAACAUAUAAGUGCAUAUAAAAAUGUUACCCCUAUAGCUAACUGAAGUGAAAAAAAGUUAUCUUGUUGCAAACAACUAAAAAACGUUAUUUUUUAGUUAAUGCAAAUCACCAGCUAUAACAUUCAAAGCGAGUCGAUUACUAUAUAUACACCCGUAUAGAUCAUGGGAAUGAAAGAAGAAAAAAUAAUUCAAAUAAGAAAGUUCAAAAUUAAUCAUAGAUGAUGGAGAUGAAGAUAAUUUUCAUGGCAUUUUUCUUUAUUGCUACUUUAGUAUCAUAUGCACAUCCAAGUUUGGGUCAAAAAGAUGUUGACGAUAAACCACUAGUCAAUUCCGGUCGCGAGUUUGAUACAUUGGAUACGAUAUCACCGGCUUCCGAAGAUUAUAAUAGUUAUAUGCUCAAAAACCUGUCACCAAAAUAUGUAACAUAUCUCAAAACAUGUCUGGACAGGGUGGGGAUGGGGCCCAAUGGUGGUGCGAAAUGUUAUGAUGAUGUUCUUGAAGAAAUUCUUACGAAUAAACCCGUUUCCAGAAAAUGUUGUCUGACGGUAGUAAAAGCCGGUAAAAAAUGCUACAUGGAAACUGUAAAGCUUAUGUUUCGAUUGUAUCAACUCAAACGUUUUGCUUCUCAAGUUUCUUUCAAAACCAAUAAAGUUUGGAAUAGAUGUUCUGCUAACGUUGAAAGUCCUUCAUCAUUUCAUGAUGAUGAAAAUGAGUUAUCUUAAUUGAACUUUUUAUAUUAUGUGAUAUAUUAUAAAAUAAUGGUUUGUUAUAUAUUCUAUCUAUAUAAAAUGAAAUCAAAGUUUCAUCAUAAUAUGUGUUCUCCUAAUUUUAAUCAUGGGUUGCUCUACCAGGUGUUUGUUUAGUACAGUUUUUAGUUUAUCAAAUAUAAGAUCUGAUUGCACAUGGAUCUUGUUAAAAAUAUGUGUAUAUUUUGUCAUCAAAAUGACAAAUAAAAAACCUACUUUUUUCUCCCGAAGUGUCCCCACCUGCCAAAACCUUUGUCUUUAGAUGAUUCCAAAAGACACUCUCUAACUUCAAAUAUGAAGUUUUUUGCUCUCCAAAAAGGAACUUCAAAACUUCAAAUUCAAAUUUGAAGUUUUGAGGAAUGAAGCUCUAUAUUUGAAGUUU